ACCACCCAGUAUGCUGCCAACAUCUGCGCAGGGUUGACGUCCUGUGCCCGUCGCCAUAUUGCUUCGUUUUUCCCGCGUUUCCAUCAUUUUCAUCCGCUUCAAGUUUAGAAAUAAUUAGUGUCCUUAUGAAGGAAGUAAAUUUAUAUCUUCUUUGGGAGCUGACAAAUAAUAGGUAUUUUCAGGAUAACAAUUUUUACAGAAUACUAGAACGGUUAACCCGAGAAUGAAACGCAAUGAGUCGUCUAGAAGCGUCACGUCAAAGUAUUCGGGUCGCCGAGGCUCGCAGCGGCCGGCGCUGACCCUCAGCUUCCGCCAGAAUUCGCUCACCAUCAGCUCGCUUGCUCAACAGUCUGCAUUUCUAACGGAAAGAGCGUUUAAGGAAGAAGGAGCGGAUCCUAAUAGUCAAACAGACGCAGUUUCUUGGUUUAGUCUAUUCAGAUUUGCUAAGCCAUGGGAGUUCGUUCUGCUAUUCCUGGGUGUGAUAUUCGCCUCGCUGAACGGUCUUUUCGUGCCCGUCGGUGUCAUCAUAUACGGCGAAUUCACAUCGCUACUUAUAGAUCGAACCGUUAUGAAUGGGACUUCAACGCCAACGCUCACUAUUGCCUGGUUUGGCGGAGGCAGGAUACUUACAAACGCAAGCCGAGAAGAGAAUCGUCAAGCCCUGAUCGAAGACUCGCAGGCGUUUGGCAUCGGUUGCACGGUGUUCUCCGUGCUGCAGUUCCUUGUGGGGGUCAUCAGUGUCGAUCUUUUUAAUUAUGCCGCACUUAGACAGAUCGACAGAGUAAAAGAAAAGUUUUUACAAGCCGUACUGCGUCAAGAUAUCACGUGGUAUGACCUGAACACUUCGAUGAACUUCGCAACUAAAGUUUCAGAUGACGUGGAAAAAUAUCGCGAAGGGAUCGGUGAGAAGAUACCGAUGCUGAUCUAUCUCGUGAUGUCGUUUGUUACCGCGGUCAUCAUAUCGUGCGUCUACGGCUGGGAGCUGACGCUAGUCAUUCUCUCCUGUGCGCCGAUCAUUAUCGCCACUACGGCUAUUGUGGCUAAGGUUCAAUCGUCGUUGACGUCACAAGAGCUGAAGGCGUACAGCGUCGCCGGCGUCAUCGCGGAGGAAGUUCUCUCUUCCAUCCGAACCGUGGUCGCGUUUGGGGGGGAAGAAAAAGAGAUCGAUAGAUAUCAAAAUCGUCUUGAUCCAGCGAAAAAAACUGGUGUAAAAAAGGGGGUGUAUUCGGGUAUAGGUAGUGGUUUCAUGUGGCUUAUUAUCUAUGCUACAUACGCGUUGGCCUUUUGGUACGGUGUGGGUUUGAUCUUGGAUAGCCGACACGAAGAAGAACCGGUGUACACUCCAGCUGUUCUGAUGAUUAUCUUCUUCAGCGUCCUCCAAGGAGCGCAGAACGUCGGCCUGACGGCGCCGCACCUCGAGGCGAUCGCCGGCGCGCGCGCGUCUGCGGGGGCGAUCUUCUCUGUACUCGAUAGGAAACCAACUAUAGACAGCUUGUCGACCGAAGGCAGUAAGCCUGUUCUGGAAGGAGACAUGGAGCUGAAGAACGUGUAUUUUAGAUACCCAGCUCGACCUGACGUUCAGGUCCUAAACGGACUCAGUCUGAAGAUAAAUCGUAACGAGACCAUAGCACUCGUCGGUGCGAGUGGCAGCGGCAAGUCCACAGUACUACAGCUCUUGCAAAGGAUGUACGAUCCAGACUUGGGAUCCGUGACCGCAUCGGACAAUGACCUCAGAGAUAUCAACGUGCGACACUACCGGGGUCACAUCGCAGUCGUUGGCCAGGAACCUGUUCUUUUCGCUGGGUCUAUUAAGGAGAAUAUACGUAUGAGCAAUCCUACCUGCACGGACGAAGAAAUCGUUAUAGCAUCAAAGCAAGCGUACUGUCAUGCCUUCAUCAGACAUUUACCUAAUGGAUAUGAUACCAUGAUUGGUGAAAGAGGCGCCCAACUAUCUGGUGGACAGAAACAGCGAAUCGCAAUAGCUAGAGCGUUGGUCCGGAAACCGAAAAUUCUCAUCCUCGACGAGGCCACUUCAGCUCUUGACUCGCAGAGUGAGGCAAAGGUUCAGCGAGCUUUAGAUGCAGCUGCGUAUGGAAGAACCACCAUCAUGGUUAGCCACAGAUUAGCAACGGUGCUUAAUGCGAAUCGGAUCGUUUUCAUCGAAAAGGGUGAAGUGGUAGAAGAAGGUACUCAUGAAGAACUUUUAAGUCUAAGAGGUCGAUACUAUCAACUGGUACUGGAGAACGAGCCAAGCAUCGCACCUGAUGGACACACGGGUGCCCCGAAAACUAACUUUGAUCCAACCACAGAUGCCAAAAUGAGAAGAUCGAAACUUCAAAAGAUGGUUUCCCUCGAUUCGAUGAAGAGUAAUUCUAUGGAGGAAGAGGAUUCAGGUUCUGAGGACAGCGUAGUUCUCGACGAAAAGGAGGAAAAAGAAUUCGAGCCGACAACAUGGCAAAUCUUGAAAUUAUGUGAACCGGAAAAACAUCUAAUGGCCAUAGGAAUUAUAGCGGCUAUCGCUGUGGGAUCCUCAUUUCCGUGUUUUGCUAUACUCUUCGGUGAAACAUAUGGCUUAUUAGAAAGUAAGGAUGAAGACUAUGUUCGUGGUGGUACCAACAUCAUUGCUAUACUUUUCUUACUAGUAGGAAUGUACACUGGCAUCGGUAUUUUCUUCCAAAUCUUUGUUUUCAACAUCACAGGCGUGAGGCUCACGGCUAGACUGAGGGUAGCUGCAUUUCGAGCGAUGCUGCAACAGGAGAUUGGUUGGUUCGACAACCCUCAGAACGGCGUCGGAGCGCUCUGUGCGAGGCUCGCUUCUGACGCUGCAGCGGUCCAAGGUGCCACUGGUACCCGAAUUGGUGCGCUCAUGCAAGCAUCAGCCACCAUCCUCAUCGGUAUUAUGGUGUCCAUGUACUACACAUGGCGCAUGACGCUAGUGUCCUUGAUAUCAGUGCCGAUGGUCAUAAUUGCGGUCGUGUUGGAAGGCCGAGUGCUGGCCGAGGGCAUCGCAACAAUACGAGAAGCAUCAAACAAAGCGACGACAAUAGCGACGGAGGCUAUCACCAAUAUUAGGACAGUGUCUGCGUUUUGCGGCGAGGAGAGCGCGCUGGCGCGGUACCGCGCGGCGGGCGGGGGCGCGCGGCGGGCGGCGCGCGGCAGCCUGCGCUGGCGCGGCGCCGUGUUCGCCUUCGGGCAGACGGCGCCCGUGGCGGGCUACGCGCUGUCGCUGUGGUACGGCGGCGUGCUGGUGGCCGACCAGCAGGUGCCCUACAAGGACGUCAUCAAAGUGUCAGAAGCGCUGAUAUUCGGCGCGUGGAUGAUGGGGCAGGCGCUGGCCUUCGCGCCGAACUUCGGCGCCGCCGUGCUGGCGGCCGGGCGCGUCAUGACGCUGCUCGCGCGCCGCCCGCUCGUGGAGAGCACGCACGCGCCCUCCGUGCCCGACGCCUACGUAGCAGAUGGUAAAAUCCAUUACAAGAACAUAAAUUUCCGCUACCCGACGCGGCGCGAGGUGCAAGUCCUGCGCGGCCUCUCCCUGCUCAUUCCGUGCGGGAAGCGCGUGGCGCUCGUCGGCCCCAGCGGCUGCGGGAAGUCUACCCUCAUACAGCUCCUGCAAAGGUUAUACGACCCGGACGACGGUCAUGUGUAUUUAGACGACCACAGUAUCGUCGGCGACAUGCGGCUGUCGACCCUCCGUCGCAACCUCAGCAUCGUGUCGCAGGAGCCGGUGCUGUUCGACCGCACCAUCGCCGAGAACAUCGCCUACGGAGACAACACCAGGAACGUUCCGAUAGAGGAGAUCGUCAUCGCCGCCAAGGCCGCCAACGUGCACUCGUUCAUCGCCGCCUUGCCCGAUGGCUACGCGACGCGCAUCGGGCAGCGCGCGUCGCAGCUGUCGGGCGGGCAGAAGCAGCGCGUCGCCAUCGCGCGCGCGCUCGUGCGCGACCCGCGCGUGCUGCUGCUGGACGAGGCCACCUCCGCGCUCGACACGCACAGCGAGCGGGUGGUCCAAGAAGCCUUGGACAGAGCGAGUGAAGGCAGGACAUGCCUCAUUAUCGCCCAUCGGCUCGCAACCAUACAGAACGCAGACGUCAUCUGCGUCAUAGACCAGGGAGUGGUCGCGGAAAUGGGCACCCACAAGGAACUUAUCGCUCUGAAGAAAAUCUAUGCAAGAUUAUACGAGUUACAAUGCGGCUUCGUUGAGGAGAGUGAGGAAAAUUUGGAAAACGAAGAAAAUUCUUAAGCUUAUACACCAAAUGAACUCCUUAAUGCCGACUUAAACUAUAACAAAAGAUAAACAUCGCUGCGGACUAAUUGUCAAACAAAUCGACCAUUGUCAUUCAAACUGAAACUUCU